UUUAAGUUUUCUUAUUUUAUUAAUUUUAAAGGUUUAGAUGGGAAUUAAAACCGCUAAUUUACUGUUCAGAAGAUCUGUAAUUAUGUGUAAAUAUCGUAGGAUCAUAUAAAACUAGCUAGAGUUUAAAUCAAGGCAUUUCACAAUAGCGGCAUUAUCCGUUUAUCGUACGUGAAUAGUUGGUUUGUAAUACGUGCAUUGCUUCAACAAUAGGCAUUUGACUCGUACCACCAUCUGGUGAGGACACUGAUAUUCGGCCGUAUCGCAUGCCGACUGUCAUUAAGACAAGAUUCUACUGUUUUACUGCAUUGCGACAAUACCAGCAUCUUACUUUAGAGACGAUAAUAUGUCUACGUUAAAUACACCAAUGAUGUCCGCACAAACUAAACCCUUCAUCUCAUCGCUUGGUUCCUGUUCAUUGACGAAUACGGAAAGUAUUUCAUCAGCCUUUGGAGCUUCGACUACAUCAGAGGAAAGUAAAACCUCAGCCCUUGGUGUGUUGAAUUCCUCAGCGGACAGUCAACCAUCACUCGUUGGUGAGUUGAAUUUGUCAGCGGAUAGUAAACCAUCAGCCUUUGGUGCGUUGAAUUCGUCAGCGGAUAGUAAACCAUCAGCUUUUGGUACGAUGAAUUCGUCAGCAGAUAGUAAGCCAUUAGCAUUUGGUGCGUUGAAUUCGUCAGCGGAUAGUAGAACAUCAGCCUUUGGUGCGAUGAAUUCGUCAGCGGAAAGUAAACCAUUGCUCUUUGGUACAUUGAACACAUCAGAAGAAAGUAAACCAUCACUUUUUGGUACGUAUAAUUCGUCAGCGGAAAGUAAACCACCAGCCCUUGGGGCGUUGAAUUCGUUAGCAGAUAGUGGACCAUCAGCCUUUGGUGCGUUGAAUUCGUCAGCGGAAAGUAAACCAUCAGCCUUUGGUACAUUGAACACAUCAACGGAAAGUAAACCAUCACUCUUAGGUACAUUGAACACAUCAGCGGAAAGUAAACCAUCACUCUUAGGUACAUUGAACACAUCAACGGAAAGUAAACCAUCACUCUUAGGUACAUUGAACACAUCAACGGAAAGUAAACCAUCAAUCUUUGGUACAUUGAACACAUCAACGGAAAGUAAACCAUCACUCUUAGAUACAUUGAACACAUCAGCGGAAAGUAAAGCGUCAAGCUCUUGGAGGACGGUUACAGAAAGUAAACGAUUACCAUUUGGCACGACGACUUUAUCUGUGGAAAGUAAAGCAUCAUUCUUUGAAUCGUCGAGGAAGCCCGUAGAGAGUAAACCAUUUGUCUUUGGUUCGUUGGCCACGUCUACGGAUGAUAAAUCAUUAGGUUCGAGUUCGAUGAUGAUCCCUGUAAGCAGUUUUGGCACAUUGUCGACGACAGCGGAAAGUCAACCUUUUGGAAGUUUGGGUUCAUCGACAACGUCCGUGUUUCCAGAAAUAGUUUCAAUUUCAACUGGUGAAGGCGGAUUUUUUACAGUUCCUUUGGCUUUGCUUACAAAAGAGAAGGGCAGCACUCUGGCUGCAAUGUUUGAAGGGCACUCACCUUUAAGAAAACUUCCUGACGGAACCUUCUAUAUAGACGUGGAUAAGGAGUCGUUCCAAGAGAUCAUGGAUUUUUUGCGCUACAAUCUGCAUCCACAAAUUUGUCGUGCCGGAGAAAAGGGGUUUUCGAAAAGACGAAUAUUGAAAUUGUUCAAAGCAGCAGAGAAGUUGGGCCUUUAUAAGUUGAUGUCGAUCAUAAAACAGUUAGAACCAGUUCAGCAUUAUUUAGAGUUGAACGACAAAGAUAUUGUUGAUUCUGUAGGUCUUGUUUUGUCAAGAUUGGAUAGAAGGGAACUGAAACGUUCCGGACAUUUCAGCAUUCGACUUGAUUGUAUUAGGCGUUGUUUCGAUGAUCUUAAAAAUAGUUGUGCUCACGAUUGUGAUAUAAACAUAUUUAACGCUAAGAUUUAUUUGAAGGAUGUUGAAAGCCAUACGUUAGAGAUGAUAUGCUGUAGUCUAAAAGAGAAGGGUUUUGAUGUCGAAGGAGUUGAAAUAUUUUGUGAUUUCGUUUGCAAUGAACAUAGCAAGAAACAACGAAAUAAGCCUUGCUGUAGCCGCAUAUCACACAUUGUAAACUUUUUUUGCAAUGAUGUAUCUGUUAAAAUACAGCCUUCGUCGUUGUUUGUACUUAUGAACAAAAAAGAGGGAAAUCACAGUUCAGCUGAAAAGCAGACUGAACUCCAGUGUACGACAACUAGUACACAGACGGAACUGAAACAGCCUCGUUUGGACAGAACGGAAAAUCAGGCGGUUGAUGUUUACGAGUAUAGCCCUGGAAACGAGGACUCCGGUGUAUUUCUAAAGAACAGUGAAGAACCGUGGGCAUGAUGACACACAAUCACCGAAGAUAUCACGCAGAGCCUGCAAUACUUGGCGAGGUUUUUAACUGAAUUGAAUGGAAAUGACUUGGUAGCAUAUACAAACAUAGUCAUUCUUUUAACUGUGAAAGCUGAGAGCUUUUUUAAAAAAAAAUAUUUUUUAAUUGAUUUUGAACUUACAAAUGUUGCAAGUUUAGGUUUUAAGGGAAUGUUCGAGAAUCGCUUAUAGUGUGUAUGUGAAGUGUUAUUUUAUUUCUUCGAACUAUUAGGGCGUGUAAGGUCUCUUUCACGGAUCUUUAAUGUCUUAUUUUAGAAGCCGUUUUCUGUCUUAGUCAGAUUGUAAAUGUUGCACGUGUUAGAUAGAACUGAAUGUAUGGUGAAAUGUUAUAUAGAGCUGUAGACAUUAUGAAAUGUUAUAUAAAGUUGAAUGUAUGAUGAAAUGUUAUAUAGAGCUGUAAACAUGAUAAAAUGUUAUUAAAAUUUGUAUGCAUGAUAACAUGAUAUAUUCUUGAAAGUAAUAAUCGAUAAGGUUUUAUAUAAUCUAAUUUCAGUGUCUUAAAAAUGUUUCAUUACUGACAAUGGUUGAUAUUUCAUGCCUAACCUAGUACAGAGUGGGAUGAAACGUUUACUUUACACGAAAAUGUAUCUGCUUUUUUCUCGGAUAUAAAUGAGAACAUGUAAUGUA